UCUGCAGAGCCGCAUGAACAAUAGGCGGCGGCGGCUCCUGCGGGCGGCGGCAGCCCCGCACCCUAUGGAUCGGCCGCUCCAUGGAGCCUUCCAGAGCGCUUCUCGGCUGCCUGGCGAGCGCCGCCGCUGCCACCCCACCGGGGGAGGAUGGAGCGGGGGCCGGGGCCGAGGAGGAGGAGGAAGAAGAGGAGGAGGCGGUGGCGGCGGCCCCCGGGGAGCUGGGCUCCGACGCGCCGCUGCCCUACUGGACGGCGGUGUUCGAGUACGAGGCGGCGGGCGAGGACGAGCUGACCCUGCGGCUGGGCGACGUGGUGGAAGUGCUGUCCAAAGACUCGCAGGUGUCCGGCGACGAAGGCUGGUGGACCGGCCAGUUGAACCAGCGGGUGGGCAUCUUCCCCAGCAACUACGUGACCCCGCGCAGCGCCUUCUCCAGCCGCUGCCAGCCGGGCGGCGAGGACCCCAGUUGCUACCCGCCCAUUCAGUUGUUAGAGAUUGAUUUUGCAGAACUAACAUUGGAAGAGAUCAUUGGCAUCGGGGGCUUUGGAAAGGUUUAUCGUGCUUUCUGGAUAGGAGAUGAAGUUGCCGUGAAAGCAGCUCGCCAUGACCCUGAUGAAGACAUCAGCCAGACCAUAGAGAAUGUUCGUCAGGAGGCCAAGCUCUUUGCUAUGCUGAAGCACCCCAACAUCAUUGCCCUAAGGGGAGUGUGUCUGAAGGAACCCAACCUCUGCUUGGUCAUGGAGUUUGCUCGUGGAGGGCCUCUGAAUAGAGUGUUAUCUGGGAAAAGGAUCCCCCCAGACAUCCUGGUCAACUGGGCUGUGCAGAUUGCCAGAGGGAUGAACUACUUACACGAUGAGGCAAUUGUCCCCAUCAUCCACCGUGACCUUAAGUCCAGCAACAUUUUGAUCCUCCAGAAAGUAGAAAAUGGAGACCUGAGCAACAAGAUUCUGAAGAUCACUGAUUUUGGCCUGGCUCGGGAAUGGCACCGAACCACCAAGAUGAGCGCAGCUGGGACGUAUGCUUGGAUGGCACCCGAAGUCAUUCGUGCCUCCAUGUUUUCCAAAGGCAGUGAUGUGUGGAGCUAUGGGGUACUGCUUUGGGAGCUACUGACCGGAGAGGUGCCCUUCCGGGGAAUUGAUGGCCUAGCGGUAGCUUAUGGCGUGGCCAUGAACAAACUCGCCCUUCCCAUUCCUUCUACAUGCCCAGAACCCUUCGCCAAACUCAUGGAAGACUGUUGGAACCCCGACCCGCAUUCACGACCCUCCUUCACGAGUAUCCUGGACCAGCUCACCACCAUAGAAGAGUCCGGUUUCUUUGAAAUGCCUAAGGAUUCCUUCCACUGCCUGCAGGAUGACUGGAAACAUGAGAUUCAGGAGAUGUUUGACCAACUCAGAGCCAAAGAAAAGGAGCUGCGCACCUGGGAAGAAGAGCUCACGCGGGCCGCACUGCAGCAGAAGAACCAGGAGGAGCUGCUGCGGCGCCGCGAGCAGGAGCUGGCUGAGCGGGAGAUCGAUAUCCUGGAACGGGAACUCAACAUCAUCAUCCACCAGCUGUGCCAGGAGAAGCCCCGGGUUAAGAAACGCAAGGGCAAGUUCAGGAAGAGCCGGCUGAAGCUCAAGGAUGGAAACCGCAUCAGCCUCCCUUCUGAUUUCCAGCACAAGUUCACGGUGCAAGCCUCCCCCACCAUGGAUAAAAGGAAGAGCCUCAUCAACAGCCGCUCCAGCCCUCCUGCAAGCCCUCCCAUCAUUCCUCGCCUUCGAGCCAUCCAGUUGACCCCUGGAGAAAGCAGCAAAACUUGGGGCCGGAGCUCCAUCAUCCCAAAAGAAGAAGGGGAGGAGGAGGAAAAGAGGGCCCCCAAGAAGAAGGGGCGGACUUGGGGGCCAAGCACACUUGGUCAGAAGGAGCUUGCCUCAGGAGAUGAAGGAUCCCCUCAGAGACGCGAGAAAGCUAAUGGUCUAAGUGUCCCAUCAGAAUCUCCACAUUUCCACCUGGGCCUCAAGUCCCUGGUAGAUGGAUAUAAACAGUGGUCGUCUAGCGCCCCCAACCUGGGGAAAGGCCCGAGGAGCAGCCCAGCUCUGCCAGGGUUCACCAGCCUCAUGGAGAUGGAGGAUGAGGACAGCGAAGGUCUGCAGAUCGGGGAGAGUCGUCUACAGCAUUCACCCAACCAGCCCUACCUCUGUAUCCCAUUCCCUCGUGGAGAGGAUGGGGAUGGCCCCUCCAGCGAUGGAAUCCAUGAGGAACCCACCCCAGUCAACUCAGCCACCAGUACCCCCCAGCUGACACCAACCAACAGCCUCAAGCGGGGCGGUACCCACCACCGCCGCUGUGAGGUGGCCCUGCUUGGCUGUGGGGCUGUUCUUGCAGCCACGGGCCUUGGAUUUGACCUGUUGGAAGCUGGAAAGUGCCAGCUGCUUCCUCCAGAGGAUCCUGAGCCACCAGCCCGGGAGGAGAAGAAGAGGCGUGAGGGUCUCUUUCAGAGGGCCAGCCGUCCUCGUCGGAGCACCAGCCCCCCAUCCCGAAAGCUCUUCAAGAAGGAAGAGCCCAUGCUGUUGCUAGGAGACCCUUCUGCCUCACUGACGCUGCUCUCUCUCUCCUCCAUCUCUGAGUGCAACUCUACCCGCUCCUUGCUGCGUUCCGACAGUGACGAGAUCGUGGUGUACGAGAUGCCCAUCAGCCCAGUCAAGGCCCCGGCCCUGACCCCCUGCACCCACAACCCCCUGGUCAACAUCCGAGUGGAACGCUUCAAGCGAGACCCUAACCAGUCCUUGACUCCCACCCAUGUCACCCUUACGGCCCCUGCACAGCCGAGCGGCCACCGGCGGACUCCUUCCGAUGGGGCCCUUAAGCCAGGGGCCAUCCUCGCCAGCAGGAGUCCCUCCAGCAAUGGGUUGAGCCCCAGCCCUGGAGCAGGAAUGUUGAAAACCCCCAGCCCCAGCCGAGAUCCAGGUGAAUUCCCUCGUCUCCCGGACCCCAAUGUGGUCUUCCCCCCAACCCCAAGGCGCUGGAGCACACAGCAGGACUCUACCUUGGAGAGACCCAAGACCCUGGAGUUUCUGCCUCGGCCGCGUCCUUCUGCCAACCGGCAGCGGUUGGACCCCUGGUGGUUCGUGUCCCCCAGCCAUGCCCGCAGCGCCUCCCCGGCCAACAGCUCCAGCACCGAGACACCCAGCAACCUGGACUCCUGCUUUGCCAGCAGCAGCAGCACUGUGGAGGAACGGCCUGGACUUCCAGCCCUGCUCCCGUUCCAGGCAGGGUCGCUGCCCCCUGCCGAGCGGACGCUCCUGGACCUGGACGCAGAGGGCCAGAGUCAGGACAGCACGGUGCCACUGUGCAGAGCUGAACUGAACACACACAGGCCUGCCCCUUAUGAAAUCCAGCAAGAGUUCUGGUCUUAGCAUGAAAAGGGCUGGGGAUGGGCAAGGGGGAAGCAGGAAGAGAUGUGGGAGCUGGCUGGCACAGCCCUUUCUUAGAGUUGGACCCCCAAGAUCCAGCCCUACUUCUUGCACUGAUAAUGCACUUUGAAGAUGGAAGGGAUGGAAACAGGGCCACUUCAGAGGGUCUCCUGUCCGGCAGGGCCUUUCUACCCAUGUCCACUGGAGGGGCUGUGGCCGUCAGCUCUGGCUGUGUAGGGGAGGGAGGGGUGCGUGCAUGUCCUCUACCCUCCACAGUCUUCCUCGCCUUUCGGGUGACCCUGCAGUGUCACUCAGCCAAAUACGUCUGCUGCUUCCUCUCCUCUGCCCUGGGUAUGCCCUGAGUCUGUCCUGGGCUUCCUGUGUUGCCCUGAGGUCAGCCUUCCCAGUUACCAGUAUUGGAUAUUCUGUGAUUGGUUUUGCUCCUCUUUCACAUUCUCCCCCUCCACCCAUAAAUCAGAAUCUCAUUUGGUAUAAGAUAUGAAUGAGCUUUUCUGUGUCUUAAGCCCUUUCAUGCCAGCUGGAGGGCUGAAGACCAGAUGCCUGGGAGGGGAGGCAUACAAGAAUUGACGGACCUGGCAUGACCUGCCUAUUCUCCCAAGUGCCCCAACUUAGACAAGUAGUGGUCAGGGGACUUGCCUCUCUAGCUGGGGAGAGGUGAGGGGCUCAGAAAAAUACAGCCAGGUUGCAGUAAAGAGUUAACGGUCUGUCCUUGUCCCCUUUUGGAAACACAAAAAAGGGAAGAAGGCAGCCCCUGGGGCCUAAGGCACCCCUCUCCUAGCUGGGAUCUGGAGAGGCGUAAGCCAGGUUCUGAUACAACAUGUGCUCAUCUCAGGAAUAGAUUCUUGGGAGAUUCACUCACUGGUGCCAGUUCUGAAGUCAGACAAAGUUCCAUGUUUGUCGCUUGUCUGAUCUUUGUGUUGUUCCCCUCCCUGAUCUCUCUUCCAGUCCCUGGGCUGAGAGACUUGGGAUUAUGUGUUCGCUCAGUAGGUAUCUCUGUAUUGCACCAGAAUAGCAUAGGGGAGUGGGCCCUGGACCUGGGAAUUGGAACCAUUGGGGCUCCUCAGCCAGGCAUUGCUCUGUGAUGCCCGUAACAGAACGGAGCAUGCGUGGUCCAUUCUGCAAAUGGGCGUGGUGAGGUGAUGUCGCUUGUAAGGUGCUUGGUGAGCCACUGGUACCGUAACCGUCAAGUCCCAAGCACUGCAGGCUGGGCAGGGCUGCUUGUCUCUGAAUAUAGAUUCCCCCUGUGCUGAGCUCAACAACUGAAGUCAAGUCCACCUUUUCUCAAAUUUGUUUCCUUAACUUGAAUGUUGAGCUUCUUCUGGAGCCUUCUCGUGUAUCUUCUCUAUCCACUCGGGGCCUCCAGUGUCAAGCGUAGAUGUGGUCUUUGGGAUGACAAUUUGAUUGUGAGCAAAGUCUUCUUCCCUCAGAACUCUAAAGACCUCACUGUCUUCCAUCAUGGAAUAUUCUGUGUUGGAGGCCUGUCUGCGGGCUCCUGACACUUUCUACCUGGGUGCCAGGACCAGGAGUGGUGAUGCUGACACUGAUGGGGUCACUACUGUAUCUGUGCCAUGGGGAUGACAAAAGGGGUGGCCUUGGUGUUCAAAUUUCUCCUCUUUAUGAGCCCACUGGAACUUCAGGUGAAGGAACUGUUGGUUUUGUUUUUGCAUCUCAUCUGUCUCCUCCUCUUUGUUCAGAGAAGACAGUACAUAAGGGGUUAUGUCUGCCCCUAAGCCCUCAUUUCUUGACUGGAAGAGGGAAUAUGUGAAUUCCAUUGGUGUCCUUGUCAGCCUUAUGACCUCCCCCCCCUUCUUGAUGGCAGAAUCAGAUAGCACCUCUAUAAAUCCUUGGUCCCACUCAGUGGUCCUUGUGAGAUGCAGCUCACAGUGCAAUCCAAGCCAUUCCAGCCCUGGACAUGCUCUGUGGUGUGAGGCAGGGAUUUUUCCUUUGCUCAUUUUCUCCUCUGUCCUUUUGUUAGGUUGCAACUAUCUUUUUCCAAGUGGUGGUGCAACUGCCAUUGAAGUUGAACCCAGUUUUUACUCAUCCAUCCAUGGCAAAGACAAGGGAAAGCAGGGUCUAUACAAGGGAAGGACUGUGUUCAGAAGUAGGGAUAUUCUGAAGAUACUUCUGUGCAUAAUCAUCCAAAAAAUGGAGGAGUUGCCAUCCUGCUUCUCCACACUUGGUCUCCGAUAAGCUCCACCCACCACUCUCUGUGGGGAAGGACUGGAUGGAAUAGAGUCUCUCUGGUAAUGAUUGGAGUGGCUUUCUCUCCUAUAUGUCAGUGGCCAUGGUCAAGAGCUCCCUGGAAGCUAAGGACCAGGCUUCUCCAGUGGUCACAGCUGGCCGCCUCUUCCCUUGCUGUCUUGUUCCUCAGAGAGUUUCCUGCUCUCUGCAGGCGCACCAUUGUGUGAAACAGAGAAGACAGACCCCACUUUCAGCCCCUUCUUUCAUCUUCAGCUUCCUCCACUGGUUAUAAACAAAAUCAUCCUCUGUUCAGCCUGGUGGAGUCCUGGCCACUCCCAGGGCUAGGUAGAUGUUCCAGGUAUCUUUCUAUGCUAUUUCUAAAUGGUUUUCAUUGAUGUGUUUAACUUCUCAUACUUCAUUAUCCCAAGGUCUGGGAAUAAUAGUGAUGAUCACGAUGGAUUAUUAUAUCAGCUAUAUGUACCAGUAUAUUCGGACAAUUUAGAAUAUUGCUCAUUUCCUCCUGGCCUUUGCAAAAUUACAGCAUUGUCCUACCCCAUUUGCUAAACUUGCUGGUAGAAAAGAGGAAAUAUUUCAAGGCAAAAGCUUCAAGUGAAGAAGCAUUUAAAAAAACAAUAGCUGAAUCUGGCACAAGGCUCUGAGACCUGAACAAGUUAGCUUUAUUUCCAUCUGCUUUUGCUUUCUGACCUUGGGCUGGUCUCUUAAUCCCUCUCACAUUUCCUUCCUGUAACAGCAAACCCCGCCUGCUUCCCACAGGGGGCAGUGGAGAAGGUGGGUCUCUGAGGCAGUUGCCUCCCUUCUGGCGAGUCUGGCCAGUUGCCAAAGCUGAUUCUCACCGACUUUGUCCAGGAACUCACCUUCCGUUCUUCUUUUAGCUUCUGGAAGAGCGAUUUGGCUUAGAGUGACUAAUGGAGGCCAUGGCCAGGCACGCGUGGUUUUACUGUACCUACAUAGCACCUGGUAUUUACAUUCAUCCUUCAUUCCCCGACUGGUCAGGCCCAUCACCUCCACCGUUAGUGUCUUACACAGAGUAGGGAUGGGGAAUCUGGAGGGAAUUUCAGAAUGAUACCUUGGCGUCCCUGACUUCUUGGGGUCAUUCCAGGGCCUGAUUUGUUCAGAGACUACUAAGGCCAAUUUGUGGGAGAAUAUUGGGAAAGGGUCUUUGGGACGCAUAUUAUGGCACAGGAUUCCUCACAAGGCCCCAUUUCCCUCAGACUGGGGUGCUCAGGGACACAAGGCCCGCCUUCUUGACACUCCCGCUCCACAGCACCCACAUUGAACCCCUUUAUCUCAGGAGGGAGAUACCUCCUAAGGACUCCUGACUCUUCAGGCUCACUUUUGACAAGGGCCAGAGCAGUGGGGAGUGAGGGCUAGAUGGCCAGGAAUGGUUUCCUCUGGGUUGAAAUGACUGUCCAGGAGCCCACUAGGGCCAUGAAUGUGGAACCUGGACUUUUCCUCCUGUGCUUAACUAACGCACCUUUCACUCAGCAGUGUGAGGGCCCAGCCAGGCAGUCAGAAACAUUUGUCUCCUCCUGUAGGACUGGGAGGGGAGAAGCCAGCGCUGCCGUGAAGGGAGGGCCCUGCUUUGCCUGAGGAUCCCCUUGAGAUCAUAGACCUGGGUGAGAGUUGAGACCAGCCCACAACAUGUGAGCAUGGCAGCAGCAGCAUCCAAGUCUGGAUGUCUGAACAGCCCACUUGCUGUUUGUGUGCAGUUGCAAAUGUCUCUGACCCUCUCUGGACCUCAGAACCCACCCAUGAGGGAGGAGGAUGCUGCCUGGCUCCCCCACCCCACCCCAAACAUAAAGGCCCUCUAAAUGACAAAUGCCUGGUCUUGGAGCUGUAGGUCCAGCUCUGGUAAGUCUCGCUUGCUGGAUUAUUUCCCUUUGUAAAGAAUGAGAGAGUGUAGGUGUAUGUGUAUUGGGGGGCAGAGGUUAUAGGCCAAAACAGGCAGAUCUCAGCAAUUUCAUACGCUCAACCCCCCCAAAGCACGUUGCUUUUCUUUCACUCCCAGGCUUUCUCUCACUGGUGGUUAGGGACACAUCCCCACGUGUCUUUCUCUCAGACACAUGAGUGGUUCCCUAGAUCAGGAAUCCAAGUGAGUAAAUAUCCACAUCAUGAAGUAAAGAGCCCCACUGCUUCUGAGGAACCCCAGUUCUGCCCUGGCUUUUUCCUGGCCUGGCCACCUGGCCUUUGCCACCCCUGGCACUGGAGUUGCAAGGCAAGAGGCAGAAACUGGAGCCCUGGCCGCUGGAGGCUAAUUAACAGGGCUGAGGUGCCAAAUGAGCCUGACCCAGACCUGGACUCCUGGCUGGUGGUGGCCGUCAGGGGCACCCCUCAUCAACUUCCUCUGACUGAGGAAGAGUUUUCUUCCUGAGGGGAGAUUGCCAGGUCCCAGCCUUCUUUGUUCAUUCCCCAUCAUGGGCCCUGGACGCAUCCUGACCUCCCUGGGCUACCCUGGGAGCCCUCGCUCUUCUUCAGAAUUCUGGACUCAACCUGGAGCCAGUAGGACUGGUCCUUCCUGAUUUUCACUGCUUGUGUUUGCCUGUAUCCCCUGCCUAGAGCCUUGUUUUGGUUCCUUGGCUCAGACUGCAGCCAACAUGGGGCCCCCGUUGGCUACCGGAGCCAGGAACUGUUCACACCUUUCUUUGUUUCUCUUGGAAACGAAUCUACCUUUCCCUAGACCUAUCUCGCCCAUCAAUGGGCUGACUCCCCUGGCACAAACCCACAAGUCAGUUUUCUAAACUGAUUGACAGACUGAACCUGAGGACGAAAUAGGUGCUCCGGACGGGAUGCCAGGAUCCAGUUCCAGAAGCUCAGAGACAGCCUUUUCUACUGGGACCCGUGGGGUGGCUCUCUUGCAGGUAUGAGCCCAAAGGGCCGACCGGUGUCUGAAGAGGGGCCUGCUGAGCACAGAUGCGAUGUGUGAGUGUCCCUCUCUCUGCACUUACUGACGUCCAAGACCAGGUUUCAAAAAGAGUAAGUUCCCACCUUCCAGAAAUCCUUCCCAUCCAGACCGUGCCCUCACAGAGCCUCUAUUUUAAAUGUUCAUAUUGUCUUCAUCAUGAGUUGUUUGCAUUCAUUUAGUUUUCAAAUUCACGUUGAUUAUAAUUUAUUUUACUGAGUUUCAUCCAUACACUCAAAGUCUGCAUUCAAGGUGAGGGCUUCACUCGCCUUGCCUGACCCUCACCUGGAUCUGUGAACAUUUGGGCAGAACUGUGAGUUGAUGCCAGGAUUUUCCUUACAAGAGUAGGGUGCUACUUUCUGGGUGUGUCUGAUUUUUAAUAGGACUUUGUUGGCUUACAACAAUGAAACAGUUUGUGCAGUUUUCAGCUUUGGACCUGCAUCUGAGGGUGACUUUUCAUGGAUGUCCUCUAACGCCCUCAGCAUCUCUGAACCCUGAAGACAUUUAGACGUGUGUGUGUGUGUGUGUGUGUGUAUCUCGUGUUUUGGGAAAAAGGGAAGUUACUACAGUAAAGCAAAAAAUUACAAUCUUCAGGACACCUUUGAAUUUCUGAGAUGUGAAGAAAUGUCGCUCAUUCUGUCUUCCAGUUCUCAGAAAGGAUUGCAGUGGGUGGAGGUGUUUCCCCUCCCUCGCUUGCCAAGAGUGCGACCCUACUCUAUGCCUGGCCCACAGAGAGCCUCGUGUCGGCCAUCGUGUUGCUCUCACAAGUGUCGUUUCCAUGACCAUACUCUCUACUGUCUUUAUUUCAUAUGCAUCAUUUAUUUCUACCUCCACUUCGAGAAACCACGCUGCCUGUGGCUCUUUUCUUCAUCACUGUCAGAGUGAGACAUGGGUUUAUCCUGGCCUGGGUAUGGAGAUUAACACUAAAUGACCUGAAGCCAUUACAUUUCUUCCAUGUGGGAGGUACUGUCUGCAACAUUUAUGUUUUUACUUUUUGGGGGGGCUCACAAUCAUUUGGGGAGGCUGAGGCACAGACAUUUGUGUAACAUGCCCAAGGACGCAACAUGCCCAAUCUGCUUGGCCCCAGAGUUGCCCCUUGCUUUUAUCAGCACAUUUUAGGUCUCUCUUUAGAAGCCCAGGGAUAAAAUCGGCCUCGCUUAGAUGCAUCUAGCCUUUGAGAUGGCUCUUUGUCCAGGAAGGAGUUGUCCUGCGGCUAAGCCUCUUGCGAAGGAAACCCCCCAGCAGGACUUGCAGCCUCCCCCAAGCUCAGCUGACUUCUCUUUGCUCCUGACUGCUUCCUCCUCCACCAUUUCCCCUCGGUGAGGUUUCAGGGAAUGUGUCGAUUCUGUAGCUCUUCUCUCAGGUCCAUGGAAGCCUGUGGGUCUGUCUCCUGACUACAGCCCACAGUUGUCCCCUUUCAGCCCUUUGUCACAGCUUCAACCUACCUGGCCUCUCGAGCUUGGAAGCCUUACUGUAGAUCCUCUUUGGGAACUUGAGAUCGGGCGUUUGCCUUUUUCACAUAUCAAGCCACGUGCCCUUGGUACCCAGAGUAGCAAAGAAGGGAGAUGACGAACUUGUUAACUUUUUCCUGUGAUGUUCCUCCCUGCAUCCUCUAUCCACGCCUACACUUCCAUGUCCACUCACAUGCUUACACAUGUGUUCACACUCACACAGACUGAGUCCAACAUUUUAUCUGUCUUCUAGAGGAUUAAGGAGAGGAGCUAGAGAUGAGUUUUAUUGGGUUCUCAGAAGAGCUUGCUUUGGAAUUUUCUUCUCAGAACUUUUGAGUCUUGGUGAAGUGAAAAUUCACAUUUGUGUUUGCUUUGUUCCUCUGUAACGAGCCCCUGGUUUUCACCUUCCCUGCUCCACUGUCUCGUCCACGUGUCCUGACCCUACAUCCUUGAAUUCCCAUUUUGCUUUGGGAUUAAGUUAUUAUAAUUGGUCAACAAUAUUUAAAAAUAGAAAAGUCCUGGAGGAAAUUUAUCAGGCUCUUUUCUUUUGGCUUUUUUUUUUCAAGGUACUGUAAAUUGUUAACUAGGGAUGCCAAGCAGGCUUGGUUCAAUGGCUAAACCUUUUAUCGUAUUACAGUGUAAUGCUGAUCUCAGCCUGGUCUCACCACCAGAGCACACAGACUUGAAUAAAACUGUUAUAACAAUGA